AUGGACAUCAACUCAUUUGGUAACGGAAUCUCCCCGGACACGGAACCGGACAUUCCUCAAUUGGUUCAACAAGCAUCGUCUAUUGUCUCCAACAUUGAGUCUUCAUGGGCGAAGAAAAAACUCUUCGUCAUAAGCGGUGGGAAUGAAGUUCAAACCUAUGCUAAUGAUCAAUGGGUGGCUCGGAUUAGUAACCAUCCACAAGCUCAUUCCAAAAUGGUUAAAUACAUUGCUGGUUCAACUGAAGACAUCGAUGCCAGCCAUACGGCAUACGAAGCUCAAUACAUAGACACUCUAUCAACAUAUGACAUUCAAAAGAUCCUAUCAAAGUCUCCCACUUCCAUAGCAUACACGGCCAAGCUUGUGUAUCUGAUGCCAUUCCCACUUAAGGAUAGAGUAUUCCAUGAACUUAUAGUGGUUCAUAAGGCUUCAGCAGAAGACGGUGAAUUUUUUGUUAUUUCCAUCCCAAUUUCCCCGCUGCCUAGUGCAAAACUGCGGCUUGAAUUAUACCCAAAUUCUUAG